GUGGCCGAACAACUAAACUCUAAUCGUGUCUCUGGUUUUACGGUUUUCGGUUGUUUUUUUUUUUUUUUUAUUGUGAUUAGUGUGCAAAAAGGAAAUAUUGAUAAACUUACAGUGAAUAUUAAAGUGAAAAAAAAAAACAAAUAAAUAAAUAAAGUGAUUAGUGAUGGCUCCAGUUAUGCAGUAUUCAACACAUCAUCAGAUGGGCAUGCCAACGAUAAUGUCUUCAAUGACAGACAUGAUGCCGAUGCAUUAUCAGCCUCAUCCAGCUUUGGAUUAUCCAAACAACAAUAUGUACCAUCAUUACUCAUACAGCUCACACUUACAAAGCCAUCAUCAUUUGCAACCGACUGGUCAACCAGCAUGCUGGCAUCCAAGUGCAACAAAUCAUUCACAUAUUGCUGAACCACUGACACCAUCAAGUUAUUCAAUGCCAAGUACACAGCCAGCAUGGCCAACACCUUCACAUAUACCACAAACACAAAUUAGCUCAAUAGUACCAUCACCAUCAUCUGCAACUUCAACAGCACCACCACCACCAAUACAACAUUAUCAAUUGCCAUUAAGUCCACCAGAACAUUCACCAGUAUCACAAAGUUAUAUGAGUAAUAUUCAAUGGCCAUUAACACCACCAGCUGAUACACCAAUAUCAACAAAUGAUGACAUGAUUAGACCUGGUAGAAAAUGUGCACGUUGCAAGUGUCCAAAUUGCAUUGCUGAAGGUGGAAAUCAACCAAAUGCUGAUGGCAAAAAAUACCAUAUUUGUUAUGUACCAGGGUGUGGAAAAAUAUAUGGCAAAACAUCACAUCUCAAAGCACACAUUAGAUGGCACUCUGGUGAAAGACCAUUUCAUUGUGAUUGGAUUGCAUGUGGCAAACGUUUUACAAGAAGUGAUGAAUUACAAAGACACAGAAGAACUCACACUGGUGAAAAAAGAUUUGCAUGUAAAAUUUGUGCAAAAAGAUUCAUGAGAAGUGAUCAUUUGAGUAAACAUGUCAAGACACAUGAUAAUCAAAAAAAAAGAGCUGCAAAAAAAGAUAAAGAAAAUCGUCCAACUUCUUCAUCAUUGUCGACACAACAACAGCAACAACAACAGCAACCACAACAAUCUCAACAACCACAACAGCCACAACAACAUCAUCCACAUCAACAACAGACUGAUGCACUUGUUUAUUUUGCACCUUCAAAUUACAGUCAUCCACAAAGUUAUCAGGACAUUUCUUAUCCUGAUAAUAGAUUACUUAAACCCGGUUUUAUGUAAGAUAAAUUAAUGAAUCAAUAAUUUAAUAAAUGCAGCUGUAUUUAUUUUU